AUGGCUCGGUCUCAAAUAAUUUAUAUCUUAUUUCUUCUGAAAGUCGUAAUUCUAUCGUUUGAAAGUGUUACAGUCUCUGCAUCGGGAUCGUGCCCUUUUAAAUCCAUUGCUGAAAGCUCAGAAAGGUCUAAUCCACUUUUGGGUGUAGAUUUUUGUGAUAUUGGCCCAACAAAGUGCGAGGAUUCGAAAUACCGCUCGCUGGACGGAUCUUGUAACAACUUGGAUAAUCCACAGUUUGGCUUGUCCAAUUACAAAUAUGGACGUCUAUUACCGCCGAAAUACAGCGAUGGAAUAAAUCAGCCAAGGCUAUCUGUCGAUGGAGGACCAUUGCCAAAUGCUAGACUUAUAUCGCUGUCGCUAUUUGGAGAACUCGACGUUCCUGAUAAGAAUUUUACUCUUAUUAACAUGCAGUUCGGUCAAGUUCUAACAGGAGACUUCACCAGAAUAGCUAAUGGAACAGCAUCAAGUAAGAAUGUGUCCAAACUUUCAGAGCGCUACGUUCCGUGCUGUACUCAAGAUGGCCAAUACCUUGAAAGGAAUCCAAAACUUUGUUACAAUCUUGAUAUUCCACCAGAGGAUCUACUCAAUGUCCAAGCCGGAAAUGAGUGUAUGAACUUUGUUAGGACUCUUACUGAUGAAGAAACGAACUGCAACUACAAUGGCGGACCAGUUGAACAAUUGAAUGCAGUUACCAGCUAUUUGGACUUGUCGUUGCUCUAUGGCAGCACUGCUGAGACAAAUCGUCUUCUUCGUACUUUCAAUGGGGGUCGAUUGAUUGUGGAGGAGCGAAACGGUCAAACAUGGCUGCCAAAGAGUCCAAAUACUACUCAAGUGUGUUUUGUCGAAGAUGAAAGUGAUGUUUGCUAUACUGGUGGUGAUAUAAGCGUUAACACAUCACCAGGUUUCAGUAUACUGGUUACAAUGUACCUGAGGCAACACAAUCGUCUGGCUGAUGAAUUGGCCAAGCUGAAUCCACAUUGGUGUGAUGAGGUGUUGUUCCAGGAAGCAAGAAGAAUCCUGAUUGCACAAAUCCAACACAUUACCUACUACGAAUUGUUGCCAUUCUUCUUGGGACGGGAGAAUAUGUUGAGGAAUAAGCUGAUUUAUGAUGUACCACCUGACAGCCAUGUCAAUGAUUACAAUCCCCAGGUUGAUGCAACUACCUUAAAUGAGUUUGCAACUGGAGCUUUUAGGCAUUUCCAUUCGCAAUGUGAGGGUAGAUUGGACUUAGUCACGGAAAUGAGAUCUGUGGUGGGUUCUUUACGACUGAGUGACUGGUUCUUCCGCCCGGAAAUCAUUGAAGCCGGUGAUAACUUCGACUUGUUGUCUCGGGGAAUGGGAUGGCAACCACAACAACUUACAGACAAUAAUAUUGAUAGAGAGGUUAAACAUUUUCUCUCCAGAAGAAACAUGACACUUGGGGGAGACUUGCGUGCCAUAGAUACUCAUCGUGGUCGUGAUCAUGGAUUGCCUACUUACAAUGAUUUUCGAGAGUUCUGUGGAAUUAAGAGGGCAACAAGUUGGUCAGACUUUGAAGAUUUCAUAAAUGUCCAAAGUGUUGAAGGACUAAUGAAUUUGUAUAAAAGCCCCGAAGAUGUUGAUUUCACUGUGGGUGGUUCACUGGAGCAUCCAGUCCCUGGAACAUUAGCUGGACCAACAUUUCUUUGUAUUUUGACUGAACAAUUCUAUCGAACUCGAGUUGGUGAUCGUUAUUUCUUUGAGACUGAUAAUCCCAAGACAGGAUUUACAAAAGAUCAACUUAAGGAAAUUCGAAAGUCGACUAUUGCAAGGAUAAUGUGUGACAACGGGAAUCAAAUCAAGACAAUGCAACCUAAGGCAUUCAUUACCGUUUCAAAUACAAAUCCAAUAAUGCCGUGCGAUAAGCUACCAACACUUGACCUAUCUAAGUGGAUUGAUGAAGUACCCAUUAAUCUUAAAUAAACUUUGUUGAAUACAAAUUAUUAAUGAAGUAUUAACCUUACAAAUGAAAAAAAUAAUGUUUUUCUAAUUUUAUGUAGAAAUAAAAGAGAUCAGUACUGAA